AUGCAACAAUGGUGCCAGAAAUGGAGUUGUAUGACAGAAAAACUCAACUUACCCGACUUACCAACAAAAGAACAGUACACUAAGUUCUUGAGGAUUAAUUUGCCAGCUGACUGGCAAGAUGUAGUCGAUACUGUGGUUGACGCUUGCUACGAGAGGAGACAUAAGACGUACCUCGACCCCUGUCCUGGACAAGGGUUAUUUACCUGUAUUGUGGAUAAUUUGAAUAAGAAUUGUCCCGUUGGAUCCUGGAGGAAAGAAGACGCCUGCGCGACUCUUCAGUUUUCGCCAGUAGAAAAUGCGGAUCACAUUUUCUACCAGGGCCGAUAUCUCGAUUUUGAGAAGAAUUUGCCAAUUGAGAGGAGACCAGAAUUCUUUAUGAGGAAGUACUUCCACGAGAAAUGCUGUGAUUUACCAUCAUUGUACAACAGUUCCCUGGUAGAGUGCGGCUUCAAGACACUUGUAAAUUACCAUAUUUUCGCAACUCAGAAAAUACCCUUCACAUUUGGAACCACGGAAAAGUCACCCGCGUACCUGGACGGGGUCCCCCUCGAGGCCCAUGGAACAGUAGGGCCUCGGUCUUCGUCAGGGCGACUUCCAGCCCCAGGGCUCGUAUACGGUCGACCACAAGUGUUGCGCCAGCCGUGGCCAACCGCAUUACUUCCGCGAGGUCCCUUCCUUUUGCCACGACUAGGGUGUCGUCGGCGUAGCACGAGACCCGCACACUUGCGGGCAACGUGCUCCGAAGCACCCAGUCGUAGCCGAUGUUCCACAGGAGCGGUCCCAGCACUGACCCCUGUGGAACUCCGCACGAGACACGACGUCGCCGCAGACCGUCGCGCCCUGGCAAUAGGACCUCGCGACCCUGGAGGUAGUCGCCCAGCAGCGUCCGCAGAUACAGAGGCACCCGGUGGUAGCGGAGUGCCUCCAGUAUCGUCGCGUGUGACUACACCGAAAACAACGCCAAGUACUGAAAAGGCAGCAAUAGUAGCGGAUAACAAGAACAUCAACGGAUAUGAAGAACCUAUCGAUCCCUUAGAUUGCUGUGAUAUGGAACAUUUUAUAAAAAAAGAAUGGCGAACAGAUUGCGAUUUUAAACUAAAAUGGGACGACGAGAACAGACUAGUGAUACUUAAUACUAGCGAACUAGUGACUACGACUACUGAGGUGCCGAAGUUACUAAAGAAUAGUGAUGUGAAAAUUGUACCAAAUACGUGCGAACAAGAAACUUGCAUUUUCAGUAAAUUAAAUAUAAUAUCCAACGGUGUAGUAGACAGGGAAGCAUUUUCAAAACUAUUAGAUAAUAUGACAAACGUACAUACGGAAUGGAUAAAGGCAAAAGCGAAAGUCGUGAGGUUGUGUUUAAACAAACCCCUUGGUUAUGAAGAUACUUGUGAGAUUAAUAAUAUACUGGCUUGUGCCUUUGAUGUACUUACAGAGAACUGCCCCGAUGAAAAUAAAAAUGAUCCUUGCAGGCAUUCUACUUCUGCAAUUGAUGGGAUAAUUUGUCAAAUAAGUUCAUCAAAAUACAGACCAAGAUCUCGCCGUCAGCUAUGCAACUUCCCAAACUUUGUUUCACACGAACUUCUUUCUGAGUGCGGAGUGAACUCGAUCUACAAGGUCGAGUACGUUCCUGAACCAGCCGCCAGAAGUACUGCUUGGAAGUCUUAUGACAAUUGUCAGAAAUCGCCAGAAUCAGCAAAAUGUGUGUUAAAGAAGAUGGACGUGUUCAACAGAUAUGGUUUCAUUGAUCGAUUUAAAAUGAGAAGAAACAUUGGCUCGUACGCGGCAGAGUUCCCACCUCUAUUCGAGCGAAUGUACAAAAAUGUUCUCGACAAUAUACCGCUUUACACGAAUCACUGCAUGACUUCGAGGAAAUUUUUAAAUUUGAUCGACUCUAUGUUUACCACUUGUCCAUACCUAAAAUUAAAAAAAGACGAAAAGUGUACUAAUUUAAUGAAGAAAAUUCGACGAACGUCUGAUUUAAAUACAUUUGAACAAGAAUCAACAACAGAAGAUAUUAAGAAAACUCAUAGAACUGUCUCUAAAUACCAUAGUAAUCCCAUGUUUAAUUUUGGUAUUUUGGGAGCUGGUGACAUUCCCCCAGUGAAAAUAAUAGACUUGAAAUCAACGACUGAAAAAACAUUGGUGCUUUUACCAGUUUACAGCCGGAUGUUUAAGGGUCCUUUGGCUGUAAAUUCUAUUUACAAUGACGGAAUUUUUAGAUCGAAUGAUAUGGCAAUCCCUUAUUAAUAAACAUUGAAACUAUAA